CCUCCCGUUCCCCUGCAUCUGUUCCCCAUUAGCAGAGCCGAGAGUAUAAAGCAGGGAGCUGACAGGGGCUGGGAACAGUCUAGUUCUUGCCUUGGAUCAUGGGGUUUACUAUCUGGCUGUGUGUGCUCUGCCUGCAGGCAAGCCUGCUGUCACACGCCCUCGACUGCUCGGGAGCAACUCAGGGAGAACUGUGUGUCAGCGGACAGACCGCAGACGGACAGUAUGAUCAUCAGUUGCAGCAGAGGGCGCUAGCCUUGAGUGAUGGACUGGUUUUGUUCAGACGUAAGAGACAGUUGGAGCGGAGGGGUCCCACCCACCUGAGUCACUCCAGCCAGCCCGGGGCCGUCUCUGUCAAAGGCUUCCCAAACACUCUCAUCCAGGCUGAUAGGUCCAGGCGACACUUGGCUCAAGCUGGGAACAAGAAAAAGAAGCGUGGAUCCCGCGUCGGCUCCUUCUCCCUCCUUAGCAACGACAAGAAAUCCACCCCCCUACAGGUGAUCAGAGCAAGGAGACAGGUGAAGCCCGAUCCACCCAAGAAGGGGAAGUCGGGUCGUUCUGGGGCUUUCUCAGUCCUGGGAGAUCCGCAGAAUGACGAGCAGAACAACAGAUCCAAAAGAAGCAUAUAGAAGACAAAUCCUGCAAAAUAAAAUGUUCCCUCUCAUUUUGGCAAAUCCCAGCAAAGGGUGUGUCUGACAUUUGGAAUAGCAGCUUUUAUGUUUAUUUUAAUGUGUGUGUCCAUGAUUACUGUUUCAGCUGUAAGCUAGCUUACAUUUAUCAGCCAGUCUGCACGGAUACGUUUUAUACUAUUUUAAGUUUCUAAUAUAUUCCUGCAUGUUGUCACUAAAUAUCCCAUAUUGUUAUUUUAGUCUGGCAUUUUGUUGUAACCUAUUUAAUCACAGAUUCCUUAUGAAGAUUGGGGGUAUAUUUUUGCAGAAAUCUUUCUUGUGGUGUUGUAUCAGAGUUCAAAAAAAGUUUAGUAGAGACAUAUGGUGUAAAAGUCUUUAAAUAUUAUGCACUUUAUGCUCCACUGGAGCCUUCUUUUUUAAAAAUUGGAUAAUAGUUUUUACACUCUGAGCUCCAUUAAGAAAUUAAAUUGUAUAACAGUU